GCAUACACAAUGAAGCAGGGAGUUUCAUUCUGGCUCCCUUAAGAGGAGGCUGGGGCAGAAGCAACCUCACAGGUGUGAACGGAGGCACCCACUGCUCCCAGGAUCACAGAAUGCAGCAAUGGCGACUUCUGGUAGUCUCGUUCCUUCUUUCUCCAGUUCCAGCAAGUGCAAUAAAAGAACUCCCUAAAGCCAAGAAUUAUGAAGUGUUUUAUCCCAUAAGACUUCAUCCAUUGCGUAAAAGAGAGACCAAAGUGCCAGAGCCAAAGGAAACAUUUGAAACUGAGCUCAGAUACAAAAUGACAAUAAAUGGAAAGGUUGCAGUGCUAUACCUGAAGAAGAACAACAAGCUCCUAGUCCCUGGCUUCUCAGAAACAUACUAUAAUUCCAGUGGAAACAAGGUCACCACGAACCCACAAAUCAUGGUAUAACAUCUGCUAGGUCUCUUGGUAAUGCAGUAUACCCUACAUACCUAAAUACAAUGUCCUUUCCUGGCAAAUAAAAAAUUAAACUGCUUUUACAGA